UUGAAAUCAAUCUCAUCACAACUUCAACACACGCAAUAUCCACCGUCACACACACUAUAUAAGACACACACACACACAGACUCAUGCUUCAUACAUCACACACUUUACACACAUAGAGCACAAGGUAUAGCUCCUCCAACAGAUCAUGGCAAAUGAGCAGAAAACAGCUGCUUUAGAGGGAGCCGCUGAGAGAGCCAGUCGGCGCCGGAGAACCGAGGUGAUGCAGCUGAUUCUUAGGGCUUUGUGCAUUGGAAGCUCUAUUGUUUCUUUGUCACUAAUGAUCACUGCCAAACAAAACAAAUCAGUUCGUAUCUUUGGCGGCAUUCACUAUCCUGUUCAUGCCAAAUGGUCUUUCUCUCAAUCUUUCAUAUUUCUUGUUGGAGUUUCUGUGGCCGUUGCAGCUUAUUCCUUGCUGCAACUACUUAUUGGGCUGUCAAGAUUUUUUAGGUCAUCUUCUUUGAUUUCUUCUAGAAAUCACGCAUGGCUUAUUUUUGCUGCGGAUCAGGCAUUUGCUUAUGCAUUGAUGAGUGCAGGAUCAGCUGCAUCUGGAGUAACAAGUCUGAAUCACACAGGAAUUAAACUUACACCUCUUCCAAAUUUUUGUAAACCUUUGCAAAAAUUUUGUGACCAUGUUGCCAUCUCAAUAGUCUUCAAUUUCAUCAAUUGUUUUUUGCUUGCUACACUUGCUAUCCAUCAUGUAAUAUGGCUCUCCCAACAUUGAAUUUCCAUACAAAUAAUGUGAAAUAUAUCUUCCAUAAAAUGAUCAUUGAUGAUA